AGCACAUGCUGGUGACCGUUUGAAUGUCAUUGUGUCAUGGUUGCAGCGACAGUGCGGACAAAUCUGUCCAGGUGCCUAGAACGAUGCAUCCAAACUUCGGAGCCUGGAAGUGGGCACCUGGACUGUGACCUGGCCAAGCGCACGGCGGAAUGCCUGGCAAAGUCGAGCACGAAGGAGCUGCAUGUAGAGGCUUUGUGCCUUGAAGUAGCUUCAGCGCUAGAGAAGCACGGGCGCUGGAGGCCCGCGUGGGACCUGCUGUUCGGCCUCAUGCAACACCUGGGAGCUGCUUCACGCACCAGGGCUUUUCACGCCAAGGCAGCAGCCAGCAUGUAUGCGCAUGUUGUGAUGAGGGCUGCAAGCUGCGCUGGCCGGGGAGGCGUUAGUGCUGGAGGCGACCUCUGCGAGAUUGUGGAGCUAUGUUUCCACUUGCGCUCCUGUUUUUUGGAGGCCUUGUCCCUCAACGACAAGCUGGGUCAGAGGAAUGUCCAAGCUCGAAAGCUUCUUGAGUGGCUGGUGCAUGUUGCGGUGCCUGUUUCCAGCCAUCUUCUGGCAAAGAAGUGCUGGCAGGAAGUUCAGCAAGCCUUGCAGCAGGGUGGCAAUCAGGCGAUGAAAGCUCUUAUGCAAGGGCGGACGGCUGAAGAGCAAACUCAGCUGGUGCGGCUCAUCUGCUGUCAUGCCAGGUCUGUGCAGCCUGAUGCGGCAGAUCUGGUGGCAGAUGUGCUGAAAGCCCUGCUUGCGGGGCAGCAUCGGAAGAGUGCGAAGCCCAAUGAGGUGGCCAUUUGGUUGAAGGCUGUCAUGACAACCAUGGAUGUUCUCGCUCAUCUUCUCCGCAGCUCUUGGCAAAAGAGCAGCUCGAUGCUGGAUUGGGCCGAUCAAUUUCUGGCAGAUUUUUCAGGCACGCUGGCAGGUGGCCUUGAGAGCCCCAGCCUACAGCCGCUUCUGCUGUUGCUGGUGCGGGCGCGCGUGCGCGUGCUGGAGGCCUGCCGGCGAGAGAGCCGCGAGCUGCUGGCCAUUACGCGCAAAGAGAUCUUCCAGCUCUAUGGCCUGCAGCUCUGGCAGUCCCAGCUCCAGGAAACGGAAGGCACCGCGCCGCUGGCGCCGCCUGCGCCGUGUGCGCCGCAGUGCCUGCUGGAGCUGCUGGGCUGCGGCCGCAGCUGGCAGCAGCUGGAGGCCGUGCGCUUGCAGCUGCCCGCAGGCAGCGUUGCAGGGGCACUGCUGGCGCUCAGGCAGCUGCAGCUGCACGUGGAAGCUGAUGAUGCGGCGAGUCUCCUGGCGCUGGGGCGACUGGUCCUGGCUUUGAGCCAAGACCCCGACUUCCGGAGCCUGGCACCACAGGCGCUGGCCGCGGCCCGGCGCCGGCUCGCUGGCCUCGGCGAGGGCCGGGGGCGGCUCCUGGCGGCGCAGCUCUGCGCCGUGGAGGCGCAGCUCGAGGCCUCGGAAGCGCACCAGGAGUGCGAGCGCUUCCUGUCCCAGGCCCUGUCGCUGUGGUACCGAGCUGCGGGCCUGGACAGGAGCUCCUUGGGCUUCUCAGUGAACUCCGUGGCGCGAGUGCUUCGGUGCUGCACAGGUGCCCUCGUGUUGCGCGAGCUUCUGGACGCCGCCCAUCUGCUCGAGACCUUGGACCUUCAUGUGUUGACAGUGCAGGUGUUGGUGCUUUGCCUGGCGUGUAUGGUGCAGCAGCAAGGGCCAAAAGGGCUCUGGUGGCUGAUGCCAGACAAGUCGGGGCUUCCGCCUGAUGACUCAGCACAGGCCUGUGUGGUGCUGCUGUACCGCCUCGCAGCAGCGGAGGGCCGGCUCGCCACCACCGACGAGGAGGCCUUUGUAGCGCUGGAGUGGUGGCAGACGGCGGAGGCUGCGAGAGCAGCGCUGCGAGCGACGGAUGCUGUGGCAGUUGCCCGGGCCGUGUGCCUGGGCGCGUUGCCGGAAGCUGCCAUUCUGGCUCUCCAUCAACGAGGCUGCACUCUCGAGGUGCUGAUGCCGGAGUGCACGGCAGAAAUGGCAGGACUGCUGCCGCACCAGGCCAUGACACUCGCGGAGGCUUUCUUGGCGCUGGCGCAGUGGUCUGCACACUGGCAGGACGUGAGCCCUGGCCAGUGUCCAGGAGGCAGCACCAUCACUGCGCAAUGUGCAGCCCUGAAGUCUCUGGCGCUGCUCUACGGCGCGCCGAAACCGGCGACGGAGCGCCCACAGCCCACGGCCACCAACGGCCCAGUGGCCCCCUGGGCACGGUGGCCCGCGCAGCGCUCUGCGCUGCUGCAGUUGAGGGUGAUUUAUCAGGUGAGCCUCCUCUACGAGCGUCUAGGUGAGGCAGAGCUGGCUGGUGCCUGUGCCGAGAGCGGCCUGCAGCUCAUGGAGCGCAAGCUCUGUGGCGCCCACGGGUGGAAACUACGCUUUCUUUGCCUCCGGGCCAGGUCAGCGAUAACCCGCUCGGUGCAUGCCCGCAAUCCAGUGAAGGAGAAGCCUGAUUCUGAGAUUGACAACCUGCUGGCGGAGGUUGAGGAAUUGUGGAACCGAAGGAUGGCAGGAAGACCUGUGGUGUCCCUGAUGCAGAACUUGUCCGGAGCUGACUCAGAUGACUUUGAGGCUGGGCUGAGGAGCAUGCCGGUGGAGUUGCUGGCCUUAUGGGCUCAUGCUCCGUCGCGGGCGAGCCUGCUGGAGAAGGCCAACGUCCUGCUGCACGCGCCGAGCACUCGCCACCUGCAAUUGCUGCUGCAGCUGCUGGACGAGGCUUCUUUGGAUACACCGCUCUUCGCACAGUCCUUUCUGCGGCUCCGGGACCUACUCGCGACCUUUGGCUCCCGGGACCUCGUGCCGCAGCCACUGUGCCGGGCGCUGGCGUCGGUGGCCGGGACGUUGCAGCGGCUGAACUCGUCUCAGAGACCGCCGGAGAUGCGACUGUCGCACCUGGCUGCGGAGGUCCUCGCGAGGCAAGGGCCGCUGCUAAGCUCGGAGGAGCUGCAGAUGCUCGAGCCAGAGGCGCCUGCCGCGCUGGCGCUGACGGGCGCCGCGGCGCUGCGAGGGGCCCUCUGCAGCGGGGACAGCGCAGCGGCACGGCAGGCAGCAUUCCUCCUGCUGCGGGCCGCGGAGACGGAGGCUGCCGAUGCCACACCGCAUAGCUUUCGCACUGUGGCUGAGACACGAUGCACGGAGGCAGAAAGCUCGCGCUCCAGAAGUCCGCGCAGAAGCCCUCCCUCGGAGCAUGGGCUGUGGAAGCAGGUGGUGCCCGUGUGCUCCGGGGUGUCCUUGCUUUUCCUCUCGGAGCUGCGCUCCAUGCAGCGGCACAUAGAAGCGCGCGCCGCAGAGCUGUUCGAGGCACCCCACCGGCGAGCGAAAGGGCGGCUCACCGUGCAAGAGCUUUGCGCUGGCGCCUGGCUGGACCGAAAAGCGGACACUUCCAUGGCCUGGCUCCAGGUUGACUGGAAGAGUCAAGCGCUCCAGAUCACCCGCUCCAUAGACAGCCACCCGGGCCGCGUGAUCUCCCGGCGGGUGCAACUGGCUCCUGGUCUGUUGCAGUGCUUGCAGGAGGAUUUGCAGAGCUUGCACGCCAUGAACGGCGAGAAGAUCCGGGAGCUCUGGCAGCGCCCAGGGAAGGACUCCGAGGCGGCGCGGCUCGAGUUUUGGAGCAACCGCAAGCGGUUUGAUGAGCAGCUGGGCAGGGUGGCUGAGCGGAUUCAACAAGAGCUGCUGGGGCCUUGGCGCUGCCUCCUGGCGCCGCUGCCGCCAGGGCAAUGGCUGCGACUGCGAGAGAUGGCAAGGACUUGGCGGCAGAAGGAGGUCAGCGCCGAAGAGGAGUUCCUUUUGGCGCUACUGCUGUUGGAGGCGCGCCAGAUGGAGGUGCCAGAGAUUGCUGCGGUGUUGGGGGACAGCAAGCUGCGCCCCGCUUCGUCACUCAAAAGGUAUAGCUUGGAGCUGGGCUUGGAGGAGGUGGAGGCGCCAUUGCUUCUCUACGUGGAUGCCAACAUGGCACAGCUUCCGCUGGAGGCGUGCCCCUGCUUGAGGAACCGCAGCGUGGUGCGGGGUCUUGCGCCGAACAUCAUGCCUGCGACUGUGGCGGCGGCCACAGGCUUUUUCGUCAUCGACCCUGCGGAGGACUGCACCCAGAUGGGGGACGUGAAGCGACUGCUCACAUCUUGGAGCGAGGGGCAGUCAUGGCAUGGCCACACCGGGCUGCCAAUGCCAGCGCCAGCGGAGGUGUUGGAUGAACUUUGCCGCAAUGACGUUUUCGUCUACUUGGGCCAUGGAGAGCGGGCAAGGCAGCUUCUUCGCCAAGACAGAGUGCGCAUGCCUGGCACAGCGCAUGAUGGGUCCGGGGACCUGCGCUCGAUCCUCAUGUUGCUGGGCUGCUCUAGCGUGAAGAUCCGACCCCAGUCCGUGGGCGCCUUUGAGUGCUUCGGCCUGCCGGGCCGCGCUCUGCUGGCCGGGGCGCCGCUGGUGCUGGGGGCCAUGUGGGACGUGCUGGGUGGAGACCUGGACAAGUUCGCCUGCAGGCUGCUCCAGAAGUGGUGGCAGAAACCUGACGGAUCCCAGGGAGGUCUUCUGAGCGCUUUAAGGCUCCUGCGGCCCAAGUGCUUGCUUCCCAACCUCACUGGAGCCGCGCUGGUUUGCUAUGGAAACCCAAUGUAGGUGCAUGUCUGAGCCUGCUGAGGGCUACUAACAGCUGCCUCAGUUCUCUGUUGUAAGCAAAUCAAAUGUAUAGCCAAGAGAUUAAUUCGUUGCCUGCACGGUGCGAAGCUGAACUGCUUGAGCAGUAUUGGCCGCGCGAAUUCGCAUAGUUUUUUGGAUGACCGUUUUCGUGCAGAAUU